AUGUCACAUCAGACAAGAAUGCUACUUGACAAAGUGCCUGCCCCUUGCUCUGUAUUUGCCUCAAUAGACUUCAUGACCAUUGUGAACGUUGUUUCUGCAAUUUACGCAAAAACUAUGAGCCCAAAGCAAGCCAGACUUCAACUCUUGACCCUGGCCUCCACCAUGAACGACUUACAGGCAAACGUAAUAGAAGGCAUUGCUGGUAUGCUCAUAAAUAUGCUGCGAAACCCUAUUGCGGACCAGGGGAAGUUUGGCAAGGUUGACUUACAAACACAGUUCUAUAAAUGUUAUGUGGCCUGUACUGGGUCAUCAGUAGGUUCAGCAAGAACUGAAAGUAGAAAACCCAAGAAUCAGGUGAACUACUGUAUUUUCACUAAUUAUUUGCCAACUUUGAAUAAAUUAUUCACACAUUGGUGA